AUCUGGCCAGCAUGAGAACACCGGAUAUCCACGCAGAGAGAUGCGAUGCUUUAUGCUGAAGCUGUUAAACAUCUGUUGAAAGAUUCAGUGAAAAGUUCUGUUCCAAGCUGAGCAGGUGAAAUGGCGUGUGCAAAAGUGCCUUUAGAUGAGCUGCAUGUGACUGAGCACUUUGGACCUCAAGGCAAAGAACGCACUUUACCAGCGCUGCACCCUGACCGCAAAGAAGAGAGAUGUUUUUUACCCUUUAAACCCCCACCUGAAGAUGGCACACCUGCACUGGUCGAGGAGUUCCUGGAACAUGCUCAGUUUAUCUCAGAGGAUCUGGACUGGCUGCUGGCAUUGCCUCACGACAAGUUCUGGUGUCAGGUAGUGUUUGACGAGUCGUUACAGGGGUGUUUGGACUCUUAUUUGAGACACGCUCCCCGUGGUUUGGACCCGUUUGGACUCUCGUCCAGUCCAGCAGUGGCAGACAUGCAGAGGAACAUUCACCGCUCCAUGUUCAUGGUCUUCCUCAGGAUGGCUACACACAAAGAGUCCAAGGAGCACUUCAUUACCCCUGCAGUGUUUGCAGAGAUUAUUUACAACAACUAUCUGUUUGACAUUCCCAAAAUUCUGGAUCUGUGUGUUCUGUACGGAAAAGGAAAUUCCCAACUGCUACAUAAAAUGAUCGACAACAUUUUUACGCAACAGCCCAGUUAUUAUGGAGACCUAAAUGAGACUAUACCCUCCAUCAUCCAGGUGUUUGAUAUAAUAUUACAGAAGUGUGGUAUUCAGUCAGAGGACACAGGAGCCGGUCAGCCCCUAAAACUCAAUGCUAACAGAUGCCUAACUGCCAUGACCAUGCCAGAGGAGGAGCUUGCAGACUUGGUUUCUUACAUGUGUGAUACCUGCACUACUAUCCAUUCUUUCCUGGACAUCUUCCCUGAGGCUUGUUCUACUUUCAAACAGCACAACUUUCUUAACAGAUUACCAUCAUUUUAUGAGAUGGCAGUUCCAGACCUGGAGAAAGCAGUGAAGAAGAGGAAUUUCGAUAAAAGUUUACAGGAGGACAUGUGGAGACGAGUAUCUUAUUCUAGAAAGAAAAUGGUGGAGAUUGCUCACCUGCUGCUCCAGCACGCGUGUUUACAGCCCAUACUGGAGGGCUCUGAAAAUGUGGCAUCCUUUGUAGAAGAUCUUCUACAGAACUUCACAACUUUCCUUCAAGAGAAAAGAUUCCUGGCUGAUUAUGAUGAACAGUUCCCUUUAGCAGAUGACAUCAGUCUUCUUCAGCAGGCCUUUCCUCAUUUAGAUGAGACCAGGACUUCUUACCUGUUGCAAGGUGUAGAGUCUGCCUGGGAGAGUGUGGGGAAGAAGAGAAGCUUCCCCUCUGUGAUCUCCUCGUCCAAUCACAGAGCAGGAGCCAAGAGCAAGACUGGCAGAGAUUUAGCCGCUUCUCCGACAGAAGGAGCAGGAGUUUCAGGGGUCAGAGAAGAGUUAAGAGGAGCAGAAGCAGUGUCUUACACUCCCCGUAAGGGUGACAAUGGUGCAGUGUGCACCGUGAGUGCUGGAGAAUUAGAAUCUCUGCUGUCCCAUAUCCGAGACCUGCUUCCAGACUUGGGAGAGGGAUUCAUACUGGCAUGUUUGGAAGAAUAUGGCUACAACUCCGAACUUGUCAUUAACAACAUCCUAGAAGAUAAACUAGCUCCUUCUCUUGACAAACUAGACCGGGCAAUGGCCAGGCCUGUGAAGAAUGAGCUUCCCCCUGUUUUGAGCACUAGAUCAAACGUGUUUGAUGAUGAUGAGUUUGACGUGUUCAACCGAGACCGUCUAGACAUGAGUCGCAUCUGGAAAGGCCGGAGACAGGGGGAGAGUGUUCGCGCUACGCUCGAUGACAAGCAGCACAUAGAAGAGCAGAGAGCCAGAUAUCAAGCCUACCAGACCGUGGUGGAUGAGAUUCCCAUAGCGAAUAACCCUUCUGGAGACCAGGAUAAUGCUUUCGGCCUGGAUGAUUAUGACGAUGAUUAUGAUGACACGUACGAUGCCAACCAAAUAGGAGCCAAUGAUCUGGAUGAAGAGGAUGAAUUAUUGAACCGCAGGCCGUUUACUAUCCCACAAGUUCUCAGAACAGGCAAACAGGUUCAGGAGUUUGAUGACGACGUGGAGGAAGAUGAAGAGGACAAGAAUGAGGCUGUGAAGAAGAAUCACUUCAUCCAGGACCCAGCUGUCCUUCGAGAGAGAGCCGAGGCCAGGAGAGCUGCUAUGCAAAGCAGGAAAGGCUACAGACCGCCACCAGCAAGUAAUGUGGUAGGGGGGCCAAAGGGACGGGGUCAGACGCAGGAGACCAUUCAGGACCGUCGUAGAAAGGAGGCAUCCAAGAGCAGAGGAGCCAAUCACAAUCGCAGAUCAAUGGCUGACAGGAAACGGAACAAGGGCAUGAUCCCGUCCUAAGACUUUUACAAGAGCACAGGUUUUUAAGAGCUGAAAAAGCAGAAGGAAAAUACUCGAGGUUUGAAUGUAUCUCUGCUUUUUUAUAAGAUCAAGACACAGGGGGCACGGUCUAUUACAUAGGCCUGCUCUUUCUUUGAUUGAUUAUGAGUUUCUGUUCUGAAGUAUAAAUUAACAUGCAGAGUUGAGAGUUUGAAGUGCUUCAUAAAAUACACAGGGAUGUGUGAAAUUAUAAGGGAACAAGUGAAUAUAUUUUUAGAACUCUUAGUUAUUGUAUGACAUGAAGUACGACAGUCGUAUCUUUUGCUGUGUAACAAGAGUUUAUUGAACAGAUGAGAGGUUCAAACAGUUAUUGCACUGUUAAGGAAAAUUCAAUAAAUAAUAAAGGAACAUCAGGUUUGAGAAUGCAGCAUCUAAAGUAAAUUUGAGAAUCAACUCUACAAAGGAUGCCAUACAUUACACUAGUGAAGCAAAAAUAAGAUCGUGCUCCAGUUCUUUAAAGGUUCAGAAAGCGAUUAAGACUUGACCUAAGAGCAGUCUUUCGAAAAGCAACUCCGUUUGAAGUUGUGCAGACUGCAGCGUCCGAUUUCAACACAUUAAUCAUACUGUGCCAAAGGCUGUGAGCAUCCGUCACUCCGGAGGAGAGUGAUGUCACUUUUCUCAUAUAGACUUUCAACAGGCAAUGUUCUCUUGCCUUGUAGGACAAUAUAUUUCUACUUACUAAGAUAAAAUCAAAGCAUUUUGUAAGAGAAAGCAUAUUUAAAAAUGCUUCUGAAAUAAUAGUACAAACAUUAGGAAUAUAAAACAUAAAUAAAUACUGUUUAUAAGAC